UCACUGUCAAAGCUACCUUUUAUGCCGUCAAUUUUUCUCCCAAUUCGUAAGCACGUACAUUCAGAUUGCACAUAAUGGCUUCGUUGGCAAAUAAGGGAUCGUCGCUUGUUUCGACGCUGAUGACCCAGGCUCGUCCGAAGCUGAAUGUGUUCAUGAAGUACGCCAAGGUGGAACUGACUCCACCGAGCCCCGGUGACAUUCCUGCCAUCCGUGACGGUAUUGCCCGCAUCAUCUCGGGUGCUCGCACCGGAGCCUGGAAAAAUCUUACUGUUCGCGAAGCCUGGCUCAACACCCUGGUCACGAUGGAAGUGUGCUUCUGGUUCUAUGCCGGCGAGUGCAUUGGCAAGCGUCACCUAGUUGGCUACAACGUCUAAACGGAUGGUCGUCGUGUUGUGUUAUGCUUUGCAGGGAUUACAGUGCAGUAGAACCUUUCGGAUAACAGAGGAUCGAACAUCUUGUCCUAAAUAAUGAAACCACAGUAAUACUUAAUCCC